GGGAAACACAGCGUGUCAGGCGGCCUUGGCGGCCCAUAUGGAGCGCCGUCGAAAGUGGUCAGCAGGGGGAUCGCGUGAGGCGGCCGACGGCGGCGACGGGCGCCCGAUUCCUGGUCAGCUACCUUCCCCGACCGAACAAUGGCCACCGCGGCGCUGGGCGAGCGGUAAAAAUCGCCGAUGACGGCCAGCUGGGCGGCUGGCAGUGUGUCGGCAGGGCGCGCCGACAGUCUCGGCCAGGUCUCCGGCACGGCAGCAGGGCGGCCCGCGGCCCCAGCCGCUACACCCGUCCAGAUGCAGGCGUCGGUGCUGCUCUCUGCCGUGGUGCUGGUCGCCACGCUCGGCGCCCAGCCCGGCCACGGCCAGCGCUGGAAGCUCGAUGACGGAAAGGUGGUCUUUGAACGGGGAAAACCCGAGAAGCCUCGCACCGCGCCGAAAUCCGCCAGCAACGGCCACUACGGGAUGUUCUACUCGUUCCUGGACCCGCUGCUGGCCAGUCGUCGGUUCAGCUGGCAGCAGAGCGAGGCCAUCUGCAACUUCCAUGGCAUGACGCUGGCCUCGCUGCAGGACGACCGCAAACACUUCAAAGUCGCCCGCCUCAUGGGAGUGCUCAAGGUGGACGGGGUGUGGACGUCCGGCGCGCGCAGCCAGUACGACUUCUACUGGGGCCUGGGCGAGCCGGUCAGCUACAGCCGCUUCAAGGGCUGGUCCCGAACGGGCGCCGUCGGCCGCGGACAGCCCGACAACGCCGGCGGCGACGAGCACUGCCUGGCCGUGCUCAACAACGCCUUCGGCGACGGCAUCACCUGGCACGACGUGGCCUGCGACCGGCGCAUGGCCUUCGUGUGCGAGCCGCCGCCCGACGACUAGCCGCCGCUGUGCCGGACAGCGCCCCGCCGGGCUCCACUCAGCUGCCAGCUCGGCCAGCGCCUGAUGCCGGCAGCUGGUGAUGGAAAAUGAUACCUUCUUGUGCCGGAUUUCCCGAAGUCAUAAUGGGCGAGAACGUAUUUUCUCGCGUUAUGCAUAGGGAGUAAAGAAAUUUGAACUGUA